AUGGCUUCAUCCAGGUCAUUGAUUGUCAACUCUAUCAGUUCACCUCUUGACCUCAAGAUCGAGAACAGGGAUGUACCAAAAGCAAAACCUGGCACUGCCGUUGUGCAAGUUCUUAAUGCCGUUAUUGGACCUCAGACGGGCUUCGCAUUGGCACAUCCCAUGCCAAACUUUCAAUUCCCAGUUCCCGGAAUAUAUGGUCACAGCUGUAUAGGCCGCAUUGUUUCAGUCGGUGUAGACUCGACAUCUCUCAAGGAGGGCCAAUUGGUUCUCGUGGACAGUCAUGUCACAUCCCGCGAUGACCCCAAUGUGGAAAUGCUUAUAGGCCUCAUGGAUGGUGGUACCGAAAAGUCCAAAAAGUUGGCCAACGACGCCUGGCGUGACGGCUGCUGGACGACCCACGCUGUCGUACCCCUCGAGAACGCCACACCCCUGGACGAGGAGACCCUCGUCAAGCAGCAUGGCUACGAGCUUGACGAGCUCAACUACCUGGCCAGGUUCGCCGUCGCGUACGGAGGCGUCUCAGCCCUCGACAUCAAAGCGGGUGAGACCGUCAUCGUAGGACCAGCAACAGGCGGUUUUGGUGGUGCCGCAGUUGAGGUCGCUGCCGCUAGAGGCGCCAGAGUGAUUGCCUUUGGUCGAAACAAGGACGCCUUGGCCAAGAUCAAGUCACUCGUUGCACGCGUCGAAACUGUCGUGCUGACCGGAGACCUGGACAAGGAUACGGCAGCUUUCUCAGCCUUCGGGCCGGCAGACGCGUACAUAGACUUCACUCCAUUUCAGGCCCAAGAUGCGCCACAUAUCGGAGCAGGCAUCAAAGCGCUCCGGAGGCGAGGCAGAAUGGUUCUCAUGGGUGGUGUAUCGACCAUCUCGCUCCCCUACUGGUUUAUUAUGUUGAACAGUAUCGAGAUCAAGGGGCGAUGGAUGUACAGUCGCAAGGAGAUCCGGGAGGUGGUGAAAAUGGUCGAGACCGGUGUGCUCAAGCUUGGGAAAACGGCUGGCCACGAAGUUGCUGGCAAAUUUAGCCUAGAGGACUGGAAGAAUGCCUUUGAGGCAGCCGGUAAGGCUACUUCAUGGGGCCAAUCCGUUGUUUUUACACCGUGA